UUGCGCGCGAGACUGUGGAGUCUGUGGGCGGCGCGUGAACGCAGCGUCUCUCCUCUCGCGCGCUGCGAUCGUACAGUGAAUGAAGCUCCAGCGUGGGAAAGACGAACAGGAUACGCGAGGCACUGACAUGGAUCCACUGUAACAUCACUGCAAUAGCUGCUACUGCGUUCUCAACAGAUCAGCGUUCCCUGCACGUUUAACUCGAGCGCGUUUAAAUCCUGAAGACGAUGCGUCUGAUCACAGCCAAAUCACAUCUGUUCUUCGCGCAGCUGUGGCUCAUCUGUCACACAGAUCUGGCCGUGUCGUACCUGAGAGGUCAGCGCAGACUCGCCGAGGACGUCGACUGGUCUUACACAGGCGCCCUGAACCAGAAGCACUGGGCAAAGAAAUAUCCGGUGUGUGGCAAUGCCAGACAGUCUCCCAUUGACAUCAGUGAGGAGUUCACGCAGGUCAGGGUUCAGUACCAGAACCUGCAGCUGGAGAACUGGGACCAACAGACCACUGAAUCCACCACCAUCACCAACGACGGCAAAACAGUGGUAAUCAGUCUGAACGGUCAGUACUUCAUAAGCGGAGGUGGGCUCAGAUCCAGGUUUAAAGUGGGCAGGAUCACGUUCCAUUGGGGCCGAUGUAACGCCACUUCAGACGGAUCUGAACACAGUCUCAACGGAAACAGGUUCCCCCUGGAGAUGCAGAUAUAUUGUUUUGAUGACGAGGAGUUUGAAUCCAUAGAAGAGGCGAUAAGUAGCGGAGGAAAGGUUACUGCUGUAGCUGUCCUUUUCGAGGCCAGCAUUGAAGACAACCAGGACUAUGCAGCCAUCAUUGAAGGGGUAAACAGCGUGAGCCGAUUUGGUAAAAGCAGCCCUCUGGAAGCGUUUUCUCUGCUGGCUCUGCUUCCACAGUCCACCGAAAAAUACUUCAUGUACAACGGCUCGCUCACCGUGCCGCCCUGCUCCGAGAACGUGGAGUGGAUCGUGUUUAAAAACACAGUGGCCAUCUCAGAAACACAGCUGGAGGUGUUCUGUGAGGUGAUGACCAUACAGCAGGCCGGAUAUGUCAUGCUGACCGACUACCUGCAGAACAACUACAGAGAACAACAGCAGCAGUUCAUGGGACAAGUGUUCUCGUCCUACACCGGCACAGAGGAAGUUCCUGCACCCAUAUGCAGCUCUGAACCGCAGAACGUGCAGGCCGACUCUCAGAACUACACGGGUAUGGUGGUGACAUGGGAAAGGCCGCGGGCCGUCUACGACACCACCAUUGAGCGUUACUCAGUCACCUACCAGAGACUGCAGGGCAGAGACCCGCCAAAACAGCAGUAUCUCACAGACGGAGACCAGGAUGUGGGAGCCAUUAUCCAUCAUCUGCUGGCAAACAGUAGCUAUGUUGUCCAGGUGGUGGCGCUCUGCACCAAUGGCUUGACGGGAAAAAUGAGUGACCAGGUUAUUGUGGACAUGCCUCUCGAAGACCCUGUAAAUGAGCCCGAUGCCUUUGGCGAUUUAACAGAAUCAGAGGAAUAUAAUGAGGAAACAUCUCCACCUGCUUCCAAAUCUCCGCCCGGCCGAAACCUCAUCCGUGAUUCCGGAAGUUCCAUCUCCAUCACCACGGCAACGGACCAACCAGGCUUCCUGUUCCCCGUGGUCAGAACGACGCCCAUUACAGUCCGCCGAAAAAUGACAGAGGAGUCUUCACUAUCAUGGUCACCUGACCAAAACAAGAGCAGAAACGAGACCAGACGGCCACUGAACAGACUCCUUCCAGAGGACAGCGGCCUGCUUCCUCACAGCAACAUGCUGGUCACAGACGUCUACUAUGAAGACAGCACCACAAAAACCACACCAGCUCAAGAUCAGGACCAAGAAACUUCAACCUUGACGCCCCAAACUUCAAGCACCACUACUAAAGCGGUGUUAAACGCAACCGCAGCAGCUAAUGCUAGCACUGGAUCGGCCAUAUCAGCGUCUAUGAAGAUCAUUUCUCAGACCACUCAGCCCCUGUUUAAUGCCACAUCGUUCAAUAAUCAAAGGGUAUCAAUGGUUCACAAAGCCUCAAAUCUCUAUGAAUCCUCAACCACUCUUUUGGAGGAGGGCUCUGCUCAGCUUCCUUCUUCAGGAGAGUUCAGUGGAUCAGGGUCCGCGAUCUUCCUGGAGGAGCUUGACCGGGAAUGGGAGCUCGACCAAACCCGGUCGGCUCUCAGAGACUCCCGUCUGAGCUUCAGCGGUAGAUCUGAAGAUGAAAACAGAGAGGGACUGUCCUCUACUUUCUACUUUGAGAGCGAGCGAGAGGCGGCCACCACCGGAGAGCCAGAGAACCGGGCGUUUCUGUCAUGGGUGACCUGGUCAGCUGAGUCUGACUCUGGCUCUGGUCAAGGAGGGUCAGUGAGCUCUCAGAGCGAUGAUAUUCCCAUACAGCUCGUAAUUCCUAAACUCACUCUCCGAGAGUCAGAGGAAGACCAGAGCGCAGAGGCGAGUAACAGCAGUCCGGAGUCUCGUGUCGGGAUGGUGGGAGGCACAGAGAAGGAGAAGAGGACGGUUGUUCCUCUGGCUGUGGUUUCCACUCUCACUGUCCUGUGUCUGCUGGUGCUGGUGGGGAUUCUCAUCUAUUGGAGAAGGUGCUUUCAAACGGCACAGUUUUAUGUAGAGGACAACAUUUCAGGCCGAGCCAUAUCGGCCCCAUCAACACCUCUUCUUCUGCCUACAGCAGAGGACAAUGAAGCUCUCUCCGUAAAGGAAUUUGUAAAACACGUUGCUGAUCUUCACACAAAUCACACAUUCUCCAAAGAAUUUGAGAUCUUGAAAGAGUCUUACGAGGAGAUUCAGGGCUGUACGGUGGACAUCGGCAUCACUACAGACAGCUCCAACCAUCCAGACAAUAAGAGCAAGAACAGAUACAUUAACAUCCUGGCCUAUGAUCACAGUCGGGUUAAACUCUCACAAAACUCUGACAAAGAUGGAAAGACUGGGGACUACAUUAAUGCCAACUAUGUGGAUGGCUACAAUCAGCCGAAAGCAUAUAUAGCCGCCCAGGGUCCGCUGAAGGGCAGUCUGGAAGACUUCUGGAGGAUGAUAUGGGAGCAGAAUGUGGGUGUGAUUGUCAUGAUCACUAACCUGGUGGAGAAGGGCCGGAGAAAAUGUGAUCAGUAUUGGCCCUUGGAGAAUCAGGAGGACUAUGGAUGCUUCCUAGUCACGCUGAAGAGCACCAAAACUCUUGCCUACUACACACAGAGGACAUUCACCUUGAGGAACGUUAACGUCAAGAAGGGCUCACAGAAGGGCCGCAGUCAGGAGAGGACGGUGCUUCACUUUCAUUACACUCAGUGGCCCGACAUGGGCGUCCCAGAAUACACUCUGCCCCUGCUGUCAUUUGUGCGGGCGUCCUCGCAAGCCAGGACGAAUGAAAUGGGGCCUGUGGUGGUGCACUGCAGUGCCGGUGUGGGAAGAACAGGAACCUACAUUGUGAUCGACAGCAUGCUGAAGCAGAUAAAGGAGGAAAGUACAGUGAACAUCAUGGGAUUCCUCAAACACAUUAGGACCCAGAGGAACUAUCUCGUGCAGACUGAGGAGCAGUACGUCUUCAUCCAUGAUGCUCUAGUGGAGGCCAUCAGGAGUAAAGAGACUCUGGUCUCAUCCAAUCACAUUCACACAUAUGUGUCUGAUCUCCUCACACCAGGACCUUCAGGAAAGACCCGCCUAGAGAAACAGUUUAAGCUGGUCAGUCAGAGCUGUGCGAAACAGAGCGAUUACACAGUGGCUUUGAAGGAGUGCAACGCAUCUAAAAACAGGACGUCUUGUCUUAUGCCUGUGGAGAGGUCAAGGGUCACUCUGUCUACAGGACCUGGAGAAUCAUCAGACUACAUCAAUGCCUCUUAUUUAAUGGGGUACCAUCAGAGCCGUGAGUUCAUCGUUACCCAGAAUCCUCUGGCAAACACCACACAGGACUUCUGGAGGAUGAUCUGGGAUCAUAACGCACAGAUCAUACUUUCCCUGCCAGAUACACAGAGCGCGAGCAAAGAGGGAGAGUGUGUGUACUGGCCCACUAAAGAUCAGCCAAUCAGCUGCGAGACCUUCACUGUGACCUUCAGAGGUGAGGACAAACUGUGCCUGUCCAAUGAGGAGUCACUCGUGGUACAGGACUUCAUUUUGGAGGCCCUGAAGGACGACUAUGUGCUGGAGGUACGACAGUACCAGAGCCCUCGCUGGCCGAACCCUGACAGCCCCAUCAGCAACUCCUUUGAGCUCAUCAACAUGAUCAGAGAAGAGAGCUCGCGUCGAGAGGGACCCGUCAUCAUCCAUGAUGGGUCUGGAGGGAUGAGUGCUGCUUUACUCUGUUCUCUGACCACCCUGGUUAACCAGCUGGAGGAGGAGAACAGUGUGGACGUCUAUCAGACCGCCAGAUUGAUCAACCUCAUGAGACCGGGCAUCUUUAAUGAUAUUGAUCAGUAUCAGUUCCUCUACAAAGCGAUCCUGAGUUUGGUGAGCACCAAGGAGGACGAGAGAGCUCUUCACUACUCGGAAAACAACGGCACGGUUCCUGCCAACCCGUCGGAAAGCCUGGAGUCUCUCAUGUAGCUAUACAGAGCACUGUCACCCUUCACCCAAGGAAAUGUACAUUGAAUCAAGAGAAAGUAGUUUUUGAAGCCCUCCCAAAGUCUCUACACGGACUACGUGGGUACAGGAUAAACUGUCAUUUGGUCUUUUAUUGUGCCUUUUUGUUACCUUUGUACUUUAAAAUGCUUUGAUAUAAUAUUAUUGUUGUAACUAAUGCCAAAAUUUCUACUCUUUGGAAAAGCAGUGACUGCUGUAUUGCUGGUGAUGUUUUAGGUUUAGUCGGACAUAACUGUUGAAGAAAUAUUUAUAAGUAGCAGGGCAGAUGAUUUCAUACGGUAUCUAUUUUGGGGGUAAAAAAUCUUAGAUAUAAAAGCGUUCUUGAAUGUAGCCUCAUAGUACAGAAGAGAGAGGUGUGAUUCUAAUAUAUAAAACCAUCGGCCACACCAACAGACCAAAAUACAUUUAUAUGACUAGCGCUUCUUUUUUUUUUUACUAUGUCUGUUAUUGUAGCAAUUGAAUGUUUCAUUUUUUAAUUGUAGAAAUUCAAGAUUUUUUAAUUGUAGAAUUUUUUUUUUUUUUUAUUAACUUAGUUGAUAUGUUGUAACUGAUAUUUACGUACAAUUCUAAUGUGUAAUAAUUAGAAAUUUUUACUGCAUCCUUCUAGAUUUAAAUCAGCAGUGAAUCUCUGCGCCGUUUCAUAACCACCAUUCAGUUAUUUAUCCCCAUAUUUAUCAACUUUUAUUUAAACUAAUCAUUUAGGCCUUUUGUCAAGCAUUAACACAGGAUGUACUUGGACACAAGAAAGCAAGCACAAUAAAAAUAAACAAAACAGGAUUUUACAUGCACACCA